UUCAACAUGGCGGAUGAAUUGAACGCUUCUGUUUCCGAAAUCCGGAAAAGAUAUCGUUUUCUGUUAUCUUCAUUCACCCAAGAAGAAAGACAAGAACUCACUAAAGCUAUAAUUGAACUAGGGGGCAGUUGUUCCGACUCAUCGCACUACACAGUGACCUGUACCCAUAUUGUGAGCAAGAAACCUAACCGUGGAGAGAAGUUUUUAUGUGGCUCUGCAGCAGGCAAGUGGAUUCUGAGAAGAGAAUAUAUUGACAACAGUAUAAAGGCAAAAAGAUGGCUUGAUGAAGAGAGUUAUGAAUGGAAUGAUCAAUGUAGUUAUAAUGGUCUUCCAAAAGGACAUAUAUCAGCACCUUGUCGGUGGAGGAAAGAACUUUUAAUAAGCCGUACAGGACCUUUUCAUGAUUGGAAGGCAUUAGUAAUUCUGAAGGACACCAAGAAAAGAAAUGCUUAUAGAAGCUUAUUAGAGAUUGGUCAAGCAACUGUGCUCAMUGCAAAGCCACCAUACCACAGCUCACUGAUUCAAAAAGCAACCCAUGUUUUUGUUGAAAAGGCUUUAGAGGAUGAAGUCCAGUGUUUUGCUCAUGCAGGGAUUCCGUGUCUUUCCCCUGACUAUAUACCAGAAUAUAUUUUGCAGGAUCCCAAACCAAACAUGGAGGAUUUCUAUAUCUCUAWGUGGUCAGCUAGUACUGUGGUUUCUACUAUGAAAAGAAGUAUAUCAUCAAGACAGAUUACUCCACUUUUUCCUGCUGGAGAGUGUGGUAUUCCCAAGACAAAGUCAAGAAUGAUAGAUUCUAAGCCUGGUUGUGAAAAACGACAAAUUAAAUUGGUGGUUGAUGAAAACCAGCUCCCUCCUGCUAAAAAACCUAAACAGGUCAAGCAAGUCUUUCCAAAAUGGCUUGAAUGUUAUAGUGGGGAUCCUUUGUUGAAUGAUUUUGACCAGGCAUUUCCAAGGAAGGUUUCUAAAGAUGUCAGUAUAUUUCCAUCCCAUGUAAUGGAAGCUAUUGAGAAUUAUCUAGAGGAGGAUGAAAGAAUAGCUGUGUCUGUCAUGAAAUCAUUCCUUUCAUCCACAAGAUAUCCAUCUCCUUUUCUAGUUAGCACCAUUAUGAAUAGACUUCUUCUUAAAGCGUCUUCACCUCAACUAGCCAAUGCAUCAUGCUCAGUGCUGCAAUUACUACUAACUCUCCACCCUCCCCCUGUGAGGUCCAGUUUGUACUACCAGGCCAUGUGUUCACCCACGUUAACCAGUGAUAGAGAAAUUAAAUUAACUAGAUCAGCAUGGGAGUAUUUGUCUAUGAUUUUCAGACAAUCAUUAGGACUGUCAGAUGGAACUACAGAUGGAACUAAGGAAAAAACUACAUCAUUAAACAACAAACAAGACCAAACAAGAAACACCAUGCUCAUGAUGUUCUUGUGUUCUGUUUUUGAAAAUGAUUUCUGUGGUCUUAUGGGAAGCAAAGACACAAAGAUUAAAGAUAUUGACAGGUGCAGAAAGACAUUGACAUGGAAGGUGUUUUGGCCUGAUGGAAUACUGGCUGUUAACUGUGCAGUACGAGAACUACUAAAACUAACUUGGAUAAGUGCCAGCCAAUCACAUCAAGACUCCUGUCUGUUUCCUGUCCUUCGUUACCUACAAGAAAUGCUUUCAAUGGUAGCUACUUGCUUUGAAAUAGCUGACCAAUCAAUAAUGGGGGACCAUCAUUCCUAUGGCAUUGAAGCAGGCUCAUGGAUGAUGUCCCUAGCUACAGAAAUGGUCCUUACUUGUGGGAGGUCUCAUAAGCAAGAAGAUGGACUUAGGAUAAUGUUACAGAGUUUGCAGCCUAYAUGGCUCAAGGUUCAGGUGUUGGAUAUUAUGCUCAGUUCAUAUAAUGACUGUCUUGUACCUGCACAAUAUAAAUCACUUUUAGCUGGAGAACUUUCUCUUGAGAAAAUAGUUUCUUGCUAUUUCUACCUUCUCCCAGUGGUUAACACAUUAAACCAAGACGAUGUGAUAGAGCAUGUUGAUAAGACUAAGAAUGACAACACAAGGAGUUCUGUACUUACAUUGAUAACUGAUGCAAAUAGAUACAAUGGAACAGUUGAACAAUUAAAUAGAACACCAGAAAAGACAAAAAAGAAUCCACUGAACAAGAGAAAUAAGAAAGGUGAAACUCCACUGCACAUUGCGGCAAUCAAGAAUGAUCCUGCUAGGAUAAAGGAACUAAUCAAUGCUGGUGUUGAUGUCAACCUAACAGAUAAUGCUGGGUGGAYGCCAUUACAUGAAGCCUGUAACCAUGGCAACAUUAAAUGUGUUGAAGAGAUACUUAAAGUAAGACCUUUGUUAUACAAGCCAACACAGAAAGGAUUAGCAGGUCUUGAUAUCAUGAUCUCACCAGCGUGUGGUACAACGCCAUUGCACGAUGCUGUUGUUAACAAUCACAUUGAUGUUGCUAAGGCACUAAUUUCAGCUGGAGGACUACCAUUACUGCAGGCUAAGACAAGCGAUGGUAAAACACCAGCUGACCUAUCAUGUAGUCAAGAAAUGGUGACCUAUUUGAAAACUACAGAAAAAAGUCUCACGGACAUGUCAACUGAACACAACUUAUCAACCCAGCAAAGAAGAACUCACAAAAACAAUUCCGAUAAUGCAUAUCGUAAGGUACUGGGUCCACGAGGAAGCAGAACCGCUAAACAUAUCUCCCCCGAGAAAUGUCAAGAAUAUGUCUUGCUGUUAUCACAGUUAUUACAAGGCUUCAGUAGGUUGCAAGGUGAAAACAUUGAUGCCAAGAUACAUGACCGUGAGAUGAUCAACCAUGUGAACGGCCUAAAGCGCCAUCUUCAGGCAAUUACAAUAGACUCACAACUUACUGUGAUUUGUAAAACACGGCUGGAGAAUAUGACAUUAUUAUGAACAUUUUUAGAGAUUUUCGAAAAACAAAUAAAAUGUUUUUAUGAAUGCAGUAAUGCCGGAUAAUUUCUGGUGGACAUGCAAAUCGACAUAGUUUUGUUCUUGUUGUAUUUAUCACUGAAAAAGUUCGAGAGUUAAGAUUUUUUUGUUAAUUUAAGAAAAUAAUAAUAUUCCUUCGUUUUUACGAAAAUUAAGAUGUAAUUAUCAAAUUUAAAAUUAUAUACCAUGAUUGAUCUACUUGAAGCUAUAUUUUAUUACAAAAUCAUUUAGAGUGCACGUGGUUAGGGUUAGGGUUAAGCGUGAAAUAGUGUAUAAACAAUAAAACCCAUUCAAAGUUCAGUAAUUAAACAGGGAUACUAAUAUUAUAAAAUUCAUCGAUAAAACUUCAUAAAUGGUUAAGAAAUAAAAUAUUAUUUACAAACUGA